CUAACCUCAAAAUUAUCAAACAAUAUUUUUUCUUCAUUUAAGGAGUUUAUUAACUAUGUUAAUGCAUUCUUGUGAGUUUGUAUACGAUUUAGAACCGAUUUAAUCAAAGUUUAUAAUCUAAAAAUGGAAUACAAUAAUAUAGAUCCCGACUACAAAGCCAAUAAUACCGCUAUAAGACGAGCAGAAUUGAAUCAAUCAGAAGACGAAAAAGUAUGUGAAGAAGACUUAUGCAGAAUAAUAAAAGACAAGUUUGAUAAUGAGCUAGCGAAAAGAACUAAACACAUAGAAAACAUUGAAGAAAAUUUAUUUAAAGCCCAAAAACUAUUGCAUCUAGUCCGUUAUGCCUUAGUCACUCAAUACUAUAAUAGUAAGUCCCUGCAAGCUGAUUCUGAUGAGUUUGAAGAUAUUAAUCCACUAAACUUGGACAAACAAUAUAGGAUUCACCCAGCUGUUAAAAAAUUAUUAGGGCAAAAUAGCACCAUACAGUUAUUAAAUAGGGGUAAAAGAAAAGCCAAACAUAUUAUUGAAAAUAAAUCAACCACCACACAGGCAAGCACAGAAGAGUCAAUGACAAAAAAAGCAAAACUUGAUAGUUUAGACCCAGUACUACUACCUAAAGUUUCAUCAAGUGUAAGUAGUUCAAGAAACAGAAAAAAAGUCACUCAGAGAAUUAUUCUGGGCAAUAUUUCAAAGUAUAUGCCUUCCAAAGAGUUGGAUAAUUUAACACAUAAAUGGAUGGUUUAUGUAAGGGGACCCACUGAAAGUCCUGAUGUAUCUAGUUUCAUACAAAAAGUGGUAUUUUAUUUGCACCCUUCUUAUAAACCCUACGAUGUAGUUGAAGUCCUUGAAUCACCAUUUCAUUUGGCCAGGAGAGGUUGGGGAGAGUUUCCAAUUAGAGUACAAAUUUUCUUUAAAAAUGACCUCAACAAACCUGUGGAUUUAGUACACAAUUUAAAAUUAGAUCAAAAACACACAGGCAGGCAAUGUUUAGGAAAUGAGACUCUAGUGGAUCUAUUUUUGCAUGAAAAGGUUAGUGAUUUAGAUAAUCCGGUUAAUAAUGAGCUUCAAAAUGAAGAACUUCAAGAGCUUCAAAGUGAAGAACUUUUAGAUGACCUUCAUAUUGAACCAAAACUAGAAUUUGAUAGCUUUAAUCAUGAUGGUGAUUUUGUUGAAUCAUUUCAUAGUGAGUACUCUGAUCAUGAUUAUAGUUUAUCAGAAGGUAGUGUAAAGAAAUUGGAAAAUAACAUACUUAAUAAUAAUCCUGAUACACCCCUAAUACAUGGACUAGAUGAUUCUUUUUUCAAUGAUAACACAAAAACAGAAAACUCCAAAAAAGAAUCACCAAAAACAAUAAAAUCUCCCAUCAAAUCACCAACAGUAAAAAUGAUUACAAAUUCAGCUGGAAAAAAUAUUUACUUUAUAACAAACUCAAAUGGACCUUUACUAAACAAAAACCUCUUUAUACUAAAACCUAAAAACCCCCAAACAAUCUUAAAACCUGAAGAUAUUUCCAAAGUAUUAACAAGUGUAGCCCACAAUUUCGAACCAAAAAUAGACUAUAAUCAAUUUAAAAUAGAACUGCCAGAAAAUACUUUUAAAAAUAUGGGGGAAGUGUUGCCUUAUUUAUUUAAAAAGUUACCAUUAUGGAGCAAUUUAGCCAAUAAUUUGAACUACAAGUGUACAUACCCAUUUACAGCACCGUCUUUUAAGGAUUACUCUAGUUAUAAUGUUGGGAAACAACUAAGUGCUGAAUGGUCCAGAGCAAAAACCAUAAAAAAGAUUUUAAGACAGUGUAACUUCCCUUAUAUUGAAGAAUGGAAUACAAAAACAAUUCUAAUGUAUGGAAGAUCCCAUGGAUUCACAGCACAAACUACAUAUAGUAUUUUCAAAAACGAUUGUUCAGAAAAAAAUCUUAUCAUAAACUGCUUUGAAAACUCAACUUCAAUCCAUAAAAAUAAAAACAAAAAUCACGAUGUUAACGUGGAUAUUUUAACUUUAAAACAAGAUGCCAUAAAACCUAAUGAAACUAUGGAUCCAAUAGAUGUGAGUGAUCCUAAAUUAAAACCGCAUUGUUCGUUUGUAAGGCAAACGGCUUUAAAUUCCGGAAUAAUUUUGAAAUCCGAAGAAAUUCAACCAAAUGUAAUCUUUAAUGGUGCUGAGAGAAUGUUGUUAGAAGCAGUUAAAAGUCUGGCGGAUAGUUUAAUUAGAAGAUCUAUGUCUCAUUUAGUGUCAGAAGGGAAUUAUGUUGAAGGGAAAAGUGAAAUAACUAAAGAACAUGUUGAGUUAGCGUUAAAUGAAAGAAAAGAAAUAAAGGAUAUCAGAAAUUUUGAAAAGAUGAAAAGAGAACUAGAGUUUUUUAUGUAGCA